AUGUCUCGCGAGUUGAUGGUCACCGAUGGAGGCGAGACGGUCGGAAACACUCCGCUCGUUCUUCUCCGGAACAUUAGCAAAGGUUUGAAUGCCAGAAUCGGUCAGUUUUUGCCACAAAAAUCGUUCUUCAAAUGAACAUUUCAGCCGUCAAAAUCGAGUAUCUGAAUCCGUCGUGCUCCGUCAAAGACCGAAUCGCCAAGUCGAUGGUCGAGACGGCCGAACGAGACGGACUCAUCACGCCCGGAAAGACGGUCCUCGUCGAGGGAACGAGCGGGAAUCUCGGAAUUGCCCUCGCGCACAUUGGAAAGAUUCGCGGGUACGCGUAAACUUUCAUUCGUUGAUUUUUCUCUUUUUCCAGCUACAAAGUGAUUCUGGUGAUGCCGGCGACGAUGAGUGUGGAACGGCGUGCGAUGCUGCGAGCGUACGGCGCCGAAUGCAUUCUGUCGGACCCGGUCGAAGGUCAUCUGGGAGUCGUGCGGCGUGUCGAGAACCUCGUCGCCGCACUGCCCAACGCCUACUGCCUUGAUCAGUUCUCGAACCCUGCAAACCCGGCCGCCCAUUAUCGGAGCACCGGACCCGAGAUUUGGAAGCAAACGCAGGGAAAAGUGGACAUUGUGUGCUUCGGAGUCGGCUCCAGCGGAACCAUCACCGGCGUCGGACGAUAUCUGCGCGAGCAGAACCCCAAAAUUGGAAUAUAUCCGGUGGAGCCGUACGAGAGCUCUGUGCUCAGCGGAUUCCCGCGUGGACCACACCGAAUUCAGGGAAUCGGCGCCGGUCUUGUGCCCGGAAACGUCGACCGCUCCCUUUUCACUGGAAUUCUGCGUGUCAAGUCGGACGACGCGAUGAAGAUGGCCCGUAGACUCGCCGACGAAGAAGCCAUUCUCGGCGGAAUCUCGUCGGGCGCCAACGUCGUCGCCGCCGUCGAACUGGCGCGUCGGCCCGAGAACAGCGGAAAACUGAUUGUGACCACGAUCAACAGCUUUGCCGAACGGUACUUCACGACAGAACUCUACUCGAAUGUGCUCAGCGACGUCUCAAAACUGCCAAUAUCGAACGACGAGCAGGCGCUGCAGAUUGCAAGGAAAUAUUUGGGAAUCUAA